CGUAGCUGAAGAGGCUUUUUUACAAAACAAGGGAGCAUUUUUGGACGUCAUUCGUUCGAUGAAGGCUGAGAAGCGGACCAGCGCGGAAUCAACCGGAGUGACGCCCACCACAGAGAGCACAUCUCGCACCACGCUGCCUCGGAUUCAACUGCCGCAGUUCUCCGGAAAAUAUGAGGAUUGGCCCUCGUUCCGUGACUUGUUCCAAUCCAUCCUCGGGAAGGACGCAACUAUCACCCAGGUGGAAAAGCUUCACUAUCUGAAACCCAGCUUAAAGGGUGAGGCCGAACUUCUUAUUCGUAAUUUACCGACAACGGGCGAGAAUUACGAGCGCGCAUGGAAAACUCUGACUGUUUAUUACGAGAACAAGCGGUUGUUAGUACGCUCGUAUCUUUCCAAUUUUCUUGUGUUGCCAAAAAUGAAGAGCGAGUCAGCAGCCGAGCUGCGGAAAAUCUUUCACGGCAUAAAAGCCACGGUCAGCGCGUUAGAAAGUAUCGGUCGAGCGGUAGGGACUAGUGAGGACCUGUUCGUGCAUCUUGCUGUCGAACUUUUAGACUCUCGAUCGCGUCGCGAAUGGGAAACAUCGAUCAGCGCCGCAACCGAACCACCGUCCUACUCCGUGCUCGAACAAUUCCUUGAUCGACGAUUACACGCGCUAGAGUCAAUGAUUCCGGUAAAACCCGACGGGGCCGCGAAUAGACCGAGCGACGGAACUCAGAAAUCGACACGAAGUCAUAUGGCGCGGAAACGAGAAAAUAAGGGGAAAACCAAAAUUGGGCGCUGUUUCCUUUGCCAAGGGGAACAUAUACUAAUGUUUUGCGACGAUUACAAAAAGAAAACGGCUAAUGAACGGAGGCGAUUCAUCGAGGCUACCGGGCUGUGCGUUAACUGCUUAGGAAAACACACAACCGCGGAUUGUACCUUGAUUAAAGCGUGUUACGCGUGCGGUGAGCGGCAUCACACCUCCCUACAUGAUGCCUGCCACGCUGUAGAAGCCGCGAAAACGUCGCACGUAACACAGGGAUCCCUGGGUAAACCGUUAGCCGUACUUCUUGCUACCGCUCGAGUCCGCGUGGCAGAUAUCCAUGGAAACUGGCACAUCGCUCGCGCUCUAGUCGAUCAAGGAUCGGAAUCGUCCAUGAUCUCGGAACGCUUAGUUCAGCGGUUGAAAUUGCCCCGAUCGCCGGUCGCGGUCUCGGUAUACGGAGUUGGCGGACACAAAUCUGGACUCGCCCGAGGUCGAGUCACUAUAACAUUAUCUCCGCGCACAGAGGGACGUUCAUUCAUUGUAUCCGCGUUAAUUCUCCCGCGACUUACCGUCUAUACAAGUAGUAUAGAAGCCAGUACGGCGACUUGGCCACACAUUCGCGGAUUACAACUUGCGGACCCUGAGUACGGUUCGGCCGACCCGAUCGACAUCCUCCUCGGAGCCGAGGUUUGCGCUCUCAUUUUAACGAAGGGGCUUAAAAAGGGCGGUCCUCGGGAGCCGGUAGCUCAAAGUACCGAACUGGGGUGGAUUCUUUCGGGAGUAGUCAGUGACGCAGUCACCGAACAUGUCACAUACGUUCACCAAUGUCAAGUCGAGGAAGAUCUCGUAAGCGUGGUUCACCGGUUCUGGGAACAAGAGGAGGUGCCUAUGAGAACGAUCGCCUUGACCGACAGAGAGCAGGAAUGCGAAGAACACUUCGUUCGGACGCAUGCUCGCCAACCUGAUGGACGGUAUGUAGUACGUCUGCCAAUCGCUUCAUCCUUGCCAGACCUCACCGAAACGCGUCGUGUCGCCGAACGAGUGCUGCGGAGUAUGGAGGGGCGAUUCGUGAGGGAUGCGAAUCUUCACGCCGCGUACGUAGCUUUUAUGAAACAGUAUGUCGAACUUGGGCAUAUGAAACCCGUUUCGAACAAGGAUCCGAGCGAAAGACCAAUUUGCUACUUGCCGCAUCACGGGGUUAUGCGAGAAGCUAGUACGAGUACUAAGUUAAGGGUAGUUUUUAAUGGAUCGGCUGCCGUAGCGACAGGAGACUCUCUUAAUCAACAUCUGCUGGUCGGAGCCAACCUUUUACCCGGUUUGACGGAUGUCCUUCUGCGAUGGCGUCGACACCGUUUCGUUUUCGCGGCGGACAUAGAGAAGAUGUACCGUCAAAUUGGAGUACACCCGGACGAUCAAAAUCUUCAGCGGAUACUUUGGAGGUUUGACGUCAGGGACCCGAUUACAGAAUAUCGUCUGACUACCGUGACUUAUGGACUGUCGAGUUCCCCGUAUCAAGCCAUGCGAACCCUGCUUCAGCUGGCCGAAGAUGAGGGGCACCGGUUUCCCGAGGGCGCGACUAUCCUCAGAGAAGAUCGGUAUAUGGACGAUAUCAUCUCUGGGGCGCAAACACUCGUUGCGGCUCAGGAAAGGAAAAGACAGCUGGACCAGUUGUGCAUGGCGGGCGGCUUCCCGCUGAAAAAAUGGACGGCUAACCACGCCACUCUUCUAGAUGACGUGCCAGUGGAGGAUCGGCAGUUAAAGGAGUCGCGCGCGUGGCAACCGGGGGAAAGUCAUUUGACUCUGGGUCUGCGGUGGCAUCCGCACGAAGACCAUUUCGCCUACACGACUCAGCUGAUUCGAACAGAGACAUUUACCAAACGGACAGUUUUGUCUCUGACAGCGAGGCUGUUCGACCCGCUAGGCUGGCUCGCCCCAACCACGGUGCGAGCAAAAAUAAUGUUUCAGGCCACGUGGUUACUGAGCAUCGACUGGGACGAACCGCUUCCUGUGGAAAAUGUCCGAAGAUGGCGGGAAUUUCAGGACGACCUUCCGUCAUUGGCAGCGAUCAGGGUCCCUCGCUGGUUGAGAACCGGAGACGAAGGCAACGAGAUGGAGCUGCAUGGGUUCGCCGAUGCCUCUGAACGCGCUUAUGCUGCGGUGGUCUAUUUACGGGUCAGAAACCGCGACGGAGAAGUGGCGGUGCGAUUACUUGAGGCGAAAACAAAGGUCGCCCCGCUAAAACAAGUCACGUUACCACGUCUGGAGCUGAGUGCCGCCACGCUUCUAGUCCGACUCGUAGUACAAGUUCAGCGGAUUCUCGAGGCUGAGAGGGUCCCAGUGUAUCUCUGGUCGGACGCGAAGGUGGUGCUAGGCUGGAUACGCGGACACCCCUCAUUGUGGAAAACCUAUGUAGCAAAUCGAGUAAGCGAAAUUCAGACCUCCUUGCCGGACGCAAUUUGGCGCUACGUUCCCGGGCAAGAAAAUCCGGCUGAUUGUGCGUCACGCGGUAUCAGUACCGCGGAAUUAGUGGACCAUCCCCUUUGGUGGCAAGGGCCACCGUGGCUCAAGGCCGAUCCCAGUCAGUGGAGAGUUAUCACCGCCACCGAGAUUCCCGCUGAUCUACCGGACCAACGGAAAACUGCGCAUGCUAUGAACUCUGCUCCAAUAAAAGAACCGUCGGAGCUGACUGACUGCUCCUCGUUGAAACGGUUGCUACGACGUACCGCUUGGUGUCGUCGGUGGUUAUUGCGACUUCCCCAUCGGGCAAAAGGGCCCGACCAUAAGAUUGACCUUGGAGACCCGCAG